AUGUAUCAUCACAGCCUUCGUCAAGACGUUUUUAUAAAGGAAGAGUACCAUUAUUUAAACGUUCCUAAAGUUGGAACAUUCACAGUGUAUGACAGCCUUGACUGCACCUUUGAAUGCCUCGGCAAUCCUUCCUGUUUGUCCUUCAACCUGGCAGCUUACAAAGGAGCAGAUGGAAAGUUGCGGUGUGAGUUGUUAUCCUCAGAAAAGUACAGCAAUCCUAAAGAAUAUAAAAGGAACGAGAGUUUUCACCACUUUUCCAUCAAGGUGGGGUAAAAUCUUUGCAUAGAGUUUAUUACAGUAAGAUAUUUUUUGAUAUCCCAGUCUAUGAUUUUUAAUAACCUGUGAACACGAAUCGACGUAAAAGUGACUACCGCACGAUAACAAGUCGAAUGUAUUCAGUCGAAUGUCAUUUCUCCUCUUUUUCUUACUUCUAGAUCUGCAAUCAACACUUUUACGCAAAACAAAAUUAACUUUAAUUAAUUAUAUAGCAUUUGACAUCAACCUUUUUUAAAAUUAUUUCAGACUCCAUGUAUGUCAUCACCUUGCCAGAACGGAGGCACCUGUGUAGCGAACUACAAGUAUCACUCGUUUGACUGCCGUUGCAAAGAUGGGUUUUAUGGAGAAUUUUGCGAAGAAGGUAAUUGAUAUUCAGGCCGGGGCCCCCGUUCAAGUUAGGACAACCAAACUUAGCGGCUUUACCUAAAAUUUAUCUGGGAACAUUUUAAAGGCAUAGUGACGUGUACGUCAACAUUGAUGCUACCAUGGCAACCGAGUUUUGACAGCCAUGUUUUUCAAAAUUUGCAUUUUCUUUAAAAAAUUAUGUUUUAUUUCUUUUUUUUACUGAUUGAAUUAUUACGUUAUCUACUUCUUUUUUUCAGUUGCCAAGUCAUGCCAAGACGUUUAUAAUCAGCUCGCAGAAAAGUAAGUAAACCGAUGCAUAGUAAUUUAAUUAAUGAGGAUAGAUCAGUUAAAGUCCGAGGGAUCAUUCAGAGAGCGUCAGUACUGUGUUUAUGAGCCACAGAAACAGCCAAAAAAUCCGUCGUCAAGCCUCAAAAACGGAAUACAAUUUGUGUUGCAGAGAAUGUCGAUAUCGCUUAAUUGUUAGAAUUUGUAUCGUGGCUGAUGGACUCUAUUUCAGCCUUUGUUCUCCACUCUGGAAACUUAAGGUUAUUAGAGACCUAACUCGUAAAAACUGUUGAAUUUUUGAACCAAAUGAUUGGUACUGUUAAGAUACUUUAAACCAUAAACUGUGAACACCUCCAUCCACUGAAGGCCCUCUAGCAAAAAAUAGUUGUUGAUGAAAUGCAGUGGACCCCCGCCAUUUCGCUUAAUACGAACACCCGUGUAAAACGAAUAGUUCGUUUGUCAUAAGUUAACCUGGUUAAUAUGGAAAACGAACACUUUUCUGUGUCCCGAGUCACAAACUGAUAUAUAAUAAUUAUCGUAAACUCUCCCGGCAGGUCUUCAAUAAAGUUUUGUAAGGGGAAGCUUAGCCCUGGGUCUAACUCCCUUCGUUUUACGCCUGUCAUUUUUGCAGAAAAGAUGUCCUUACCUUUCCACAUACCAUUUUUGACAGAAAAGGUACUCCUUUCGUAUAACAUUCCAUCCCUUUUGGCGGUUGAGUGGUGGGGUGGCUUGUUACAGGCAUUUUAAAAUGAGCUCAGACCAUACAAGGGCCAAUGGGAAGAAAGACUGCCUUAUCAAAAUCAAACUUGCGCGCUAUUUUGCAGUUUCUUUUUUUUAGUAACAAAAUCGUGUUAACCCUCAGAAAUCUGCAAUUAUUUGAACAGGGUUCAUUGUAUGCAAUUAGUACGUGAUUGUGACAAGGAAAUAGGCCUUGGCAGCUAUAGGUAGCCAGUGAUUACAAGUGUCCAUAAAGCGCGGUUGACGACAUGAGAUUUUCAGACUUGGGCACACAGAAAAGUGUCCUUUCUCCGUAUUAACAGUUGUCCUUAUUAAACGGGCGGGAGAAAGUACGUGAGCAUCAACAAACAUGCAAAACUGACUACUGAAUAUCUGUGUAACAUGUUCUGAGUAGUUGUCAAAAAUAACCAAUCCAGGUCUUACAGGUAGCUAGCGGGUAAAAUAGGGGUCCUUUGACGUCAGAUGAGAAAAACAUCAUGCGCACCAUUUUCGCGGUUUUUCGGUCGCCCCUUUCCCCUUCCAUCUGAACAUCUGCUACGCUGUUUAGCCAUCUUCGAUGUCCGAAUAUAAUUCCUACAGAACACUUUAUUCAAAUACACUUUAAUAAAGUUAGUUGAACAGAAGCACAGCUUGGUAUCAUAAAGCAAAAGUAAAUAUCAACCUGUGCUGGAGGUGAUUUUAUAUCAGUCCAAAGUACAUUAAUCGUGUAGUACUAACAUAAUGGGGAACCUGAGAAAUUUAGAUUUGACUGAGACUGUACUGAAUUCCAUUCAUUUAUUUUUGUAAGAAAAAGCGAACCUUUUUUUUCACAACCAGUUAAGGUACAUUCCAUUUUUCUCUCUCCGACAGUUGGGGGCUGGAAAAAUUAAAAUGAGAUUUCAUUUUGUACAGGUUGAACGUGACUCAGUUGGUCACUCUCCUCCUUGACUCCAAACUAGUUUCAGUUCUCUGUCACUUUGGAAAUUUUGGAUGCGGAGAUGGAGGAUGGACACCGGUCAUGAAGAUGGACGGCAACAAGGUAAGACAUUUGUGUACGUUUUCCCUUAGUUUGGCGACGAGAGUGGAAAAAAAAAUGUGUUAUUCAUAAUUAAAUACAGGUUUGCCUCUGUCAUAGGUAAUUUUCAAUUAUCCUAGCCUGCGAAUACAGCCGUUUCUCCUUGCUCCUCGAUCGACGUUAGGGACGUUUCAUCAGGAGGAACGUUUGCACCUCAGCGACAGAAAUUUCAUACUAAUGACGUAAACUUGUAAAAUUUUCUGGGGGAGCAUAAUCCCAGCCUCCGAGUUUGAAGCGCCUUCGGCGCUCUAACUUUUCUUCUCGUUGGUACAUGCCAAGUCCCUGGAUCUGAAAGAUUUAAGUAUUAAGAACACCUUUAAGCUUCUGGAAUGUCUCGGUCAGUAGCAGAGGUCAUCCGCCCUUCCUGUCAGACGAUGUGAAGGUUUUCAUCAAAAGACGGAAGCCUGGUCUCUGUAUUUGCGAAUAAGCGAGAGUUAAAGAUAAUUAUAUUCAGUUCGGCAUUUUUCAAUCGCAUCAAUAAUUAAAGAGUGCAGUAUUUGUUUACUUUUUAUUCUAUCGGUGACCAUUAACGUCAUUUUGCGUGCUGUGGCUAAAUUGUCAUUUUAUAAAGCUGGAGAAGUGAGGACAUUGCAGAUAUUCUUUUCAUUGUAAUGGAUCUUUCAUUCUUUCUUUUUUCUUCUCCUGAAAGGAUGUUAUCUUUAGAAGAAAAAAGAAGCUUAAAUUUCAACUUUUCUUUUUAAAGGACAUUUUUGCUAUUUCUUCCUCCUUUCUACCACAGCAAACAUUUCAUUACGAAACAGCCUUUUGGAGAAACAAAGAAACCUUUCACCCUGACGGAGGGAAAACUGGGUUUGACUCACAGGAAACCAAACUUCCCUCCUACUGGAACACAUCCUUCUCCAAGAUCUGCCUCGGUAUGAAGAUCAACAACCAGACCAAUUUUAUUGUCAUUAACAAGCAGGCGAACUCCUUGUACUCUCUGAUCGCUGAUGGGCAAUAUCGCAGCACCUCACUGGGUCGUGACAAGUGGAUGUCACUGAUUGGUUCUAAUGCCUCAUUGCAGCUGAACUGUAAAAAGGAAGGGUUCAACGCAAAGUGUACCUUUGAGUGGCCGUUCCAAAGCAAGAAUCGGUAUUCUCGGCAACGAUCAAACAGAUUGCCAUGA